AUGAUCACACGAGACAGAUCGCGCAAGUGAUUUUCGCAUAACAAAGUCGAUCACGAAACAACAUGCCCGGGGGUGUUGUAUUUCUGGUCUGUAUUCCCACUUUGAGCUACGAGCACGAACUUGUAUUCGGUGUGCCGGUGAAAAGCUCGAAGAAGAUCGAAAAGAGCAAAAAUAAAAUCGCAGGUGGACCAAAGGUGGACCUUCGUAUAAAGGAAACAAGAAACCGUCCGCAAUUACUCACGCUCGAUGAUGAUGGUAAUAACAAUGACAACGACAUCGGCAUUGAUGUUGGCGUUGAUAGUAGGAAACACGCUCGUGGAUAUCCCACGCGAUCGAAAUCACCGGUCUUUGUGUCGAUGGAAACGGUACUGGAAGAGCUCCUUAAAAAGCUAAGAGUAGAGCACGUCGUGUGGUGCAAGGACAAGGAAGAUAUGUAUUAUGAGGUGAUAUUUCCGGUACCCGCCGGUGAACCCUGCGAAAAUUGUAUACAUUGCCUCACCGAGUUGGGUAUUGGUGUUAAAAUGAACUCGAUAGUCAGCGUAAUCCCGACGCAAUGUACGUACAGCGGUGUGAACGGAACAAAAUCGUUGGCUGUCAAGGACGACGUUGCUCGCAGACGGAAAGAAUCGGAGGACCGUAAGAACGCUUGGGAUGAUUUCGUAGGAUCUAUUAGAUCGAAAUUGACGGUGAAACAGGUGGUCGACGGCGUUCGAAGUGGCGGUGAUCUUACCUUCGAUUACGUGUGCCUAGUGUUAACCGCGGAUUGUCUCGCUGCACUUGGUCUCGUCGAGAACAGUGCAACUAAUGUCGUUGCAGCCAUGCUUGUCUCUCCUCUCAUGGGACCUGUGAUGUCUCUGACUUUCGGGACGAUCAUAGCCGAUAGAGACCUACAACUGGUCGGUCUGAAGAGCUUGAUGCUCGGUAUCUUCUUAUCGAUACUGUUUGGCUUCAUAUUUGGUCUUCUCCUGGGUACAACUGAAAUGCCUUGGGGUUAUGGCGACUGGCCAACUGAUGAAAUGAAGGGCAGAGGCAACUAUAGAUCGUGUUGGAUGGGCGUUCUUUGGGCUCUUCCAUCUGGAACAGGUGUAGCGGUCGCUUUGCUGCAAGGCAGCAAUGGGCCGUUAAUUGGUGUUGCCAUAUCAGCUUCAUUACUGCCGCCAGUCGUUAAUUGCGGCUUAUUUUGGGCUUUGGGAUGUAUAUGGCUUCUAUAUCGACCAAUAAAAAUGCUACAUAUUAAAGGCGAAUCUUAUACAAACUUUAAUAGCUCCUAUACGUAUAUCUACAGCGAUUACUUGCCUGUAGAAUUCUUUUGCAACGGCAUUAUCAGCGCGUGUCUAACGUUUAUCAAUGUAAUGUGCAUCUUUAUUACGGCGAUAAUAGUCUUGAAGAUUAAAGAAGUGGCCGCACCGUAUACGUCAACACCGGAACUGCGUCGAUUCUGGGAACACGACAUUCGACUGGUUCGCGAUAAGAAUAUCUCUAGAGAUAACAGUUCUUUGAAUUCAAGUUUCUACGAUGGAUUGAGUAAAACUAAACAACGAGCAUUAGAACGUACGCUAAACGAAGCAGUCAGGGAAGCGAUAAAUGACGAAACUUUCAGAAAAGUACAAAGACUCAGUUAUGGGCACGGACCGGAAGAGAUUAGUCCUCGGCUUGGUCUUCCUGCUCGCGGAACAGGAGGCAGAGGUAACAUAAAAGACAGUGAAAACAAUGAAGAAAUAAUAGAUGGAAAUCUACAAUCACAUAAAGGCUUGAAUUCCGGUAAUACAAGUGAAGAUUUGAUCGCAUUGGAUCGUUUAAUAACGUAUCUUUUGAGUCAACCAAGCAACCCAACUGGUAAUUUAGAUUCGUGGAGACGCUCGCAUCGAGCUAGUGCACGAGGCUAUAGACAAUUACGUGGCACUGCCGCCGAUAUCGCGGAAACCGGUGGCGUUGGCACAACUUCUCUUUGAACAUAAAUUGACAUUUAAAGAAA